ACCAGAUUGUGCCACAUCAGGCUUAGCAACCUUUCAUACGUUGUUGUUCAUGUUAUGAAAACGACUCAAACAUGACGUUGUUUACACUUAUAUCGAGUAGUUUUGUAAAAACUUAUUUCUAUAUUCUUGUCUUUUCAUUAUUCGGACGCAAUCUGCACAGUCACUUCUUCCAGUCCCCGCUGUCACACAACCAGGAGGUCAGCUGUUUUGGGGAGGGAGGUGACGGAGACACGGGAGACAACUGGGUGGUUGUCUGCUCAGGCGAUCACUGGGAGCGGAACGAGCCGAUCAGGCUGCGGCACCAGGACACAGACGCCUACCUGCACCUCACGGGCGACUCGUACGGACGCCCGAUCCACGGACAGAAGGAGGUGAGCGGCUACGCGAGCCCGCACCCGGGCAACUACUGGCGCACGCAGGAGGGAGUCUACAUGAUGCCGAAGAGAACCGACGUCGUAUGAGACGACGGCCACGUGGCUAGCCUGCGUGCAGUGCUAGCAGGACUGCUAGGUUAGCACGCGUAGACUAGCCUGCAUGGCUAGUCUGCAGUGCUAGCAGGACUGCUAGGUUAGCACGCGUAGACUAGCCUGCAUGGCUAGUCUGCAGUGCUAGCAGGAAUGCUAGGUUAGCAUGCGUAGACUAGCCUGCAUGGCUAGCCUGCAGUACUAGCAGGACUGCUAGGUUAACACGCCUAGACUAGCCUGCAUGUGGUACUAGCAGGACUGCUAGAACUGCGGUGCUUGCGUGCUAGCAUUGCAGUGGGAGUCGGACUGGGGUGCAUUCUGUGAUCACAAACUACCGGAUGCUUCUUUCUAAACUUGCCCGAACAGUUAGAUCAAGAAGAAAACCAAUGUACAAACAGGGCAAACGUAUCCUGUCAAUUAGGAAAGUGUUCUGUGUGUCAGCGUUGGUUCACAAAUGGGGGUAGGGUUUUGUUUACUUAAUAGUGCACGAGAAAAUUUGGUCCAUUUUGAUACUUCAACACUAUCAUUCCGUACAAGAUUGGUCGAAUAUUGUGACAUGCACACCAAAACUUGUUUACGCGAGAUUAAAUAGUAUAAUUUUACGAAAUCGGUCUGAUUCAAAACCAGAAUAGUACAACUUGUGUCAUCACUGCGAGGGGCAGCACAAGAAGUGUUAUCAAUUGUUAGCAAUAAAUGUCCAAUGGCUGUCUUUAAAAUCAAGUUUUUAUUUCUUUCUGAAGAAUAUUUAACAACAAAAUUAGGUUUAAUAAUUUGAACAUAAUUACAACUCGAUUCAACCAAGAAGACGGCUUACGACCAGGUGUGUGUUAACCUUUAAGUUAAUUUUCUUCAUGCCAGUUCCAAAAUUGGUUUGACUGUCGCAUGUCAGUCUGUAUGUACGUACGUAUACAUAUGAAAAAGAAAGGUAUGUUGUACUAGUUAUUGGUGGUAUAAUCAAUAUAUCACAGGUGCCUCUGUUUUUAUUGAGGUUACAUUAUGUGUAUCACAGAACCUUUGUGAAGAGGGCAGUUUGAGAUAUUUUGGAGUUUCAUAGCUUUGGGAGUAACGGCAUCAUAUUUUAACUUUGUCAGUGCAAUUUUCACUUGUGUCUGCUUCUUGUAAUCCGUGUGCGUGUUGAUAACUUUUUAAUAAAUGUUGGACAAAUGUCAAAAUAGACAUUGUUGACCACAAACUAGAAA